AUAGAGUUUGUCGUAAUUAAUGUUUGUAUUGAAUGUUUGGCGCAUUUAUUGCAAACAAAACGUUUGAAUUGUUUGUCUUUAUUUUGUAAUUUGUAUCUUCAAAAGUAUCACUCAAACAGAUCCCAAUAAUUAUGGACAAUUAUGAGACUUCGUGUAAGACUCGUAUAACUGGAUCUUUAAUGCAGAAUUACAUCCAAAAAUCGGCUACUAUUGUGGGGGAUGUCAUCAAAGUUGAAAAUGAUGGCAAAAGAGCCACAAUCAAGACAACAGAUGAUGCCUUCAUUCAGAUACUUAUGACACAACCUUUGUCGUCGCCAUUGAAUCUCAAUUGUUUGACUGAAGCGUAUGGUAUUGUUUUGAGUCGCAAUCAGUUCCAGUGUCACGACUACAUGCAAUUCACACCAGAAAUGACAGCAAAAUUUGAUCGAAAUACUUAUAACGAGUUUAUCACUCAAUACAUCCGGACUUGUGAUGAACACAUCAAUUGUAUGGUUGAAACAAAUGAUGACAAUUCAGUUAUUCGUCCGAUUGAUAACUUCUCGAUGACCACAAACUAUGCCAACGAAACAAUCAAUGAAAUGAAUUAUUAAAUCAGUUAUUUUUUCUUCAUUUGUAAAAUAGGUUUCAAUUAAUAAACAAUUUAUAAUUUAUUUUAAUAAGAAAUUUGUUUCUUAUAAU